AUGACGCUGUUGAAGGAGAUGCACUCGCAUACAAGCAUUGACAUUUACUCAGUCAGUUGGGGACCAAAGGAUGACGGUCGAUCUGCUGAGCGACCAGGAUUCUUAGCUCAAAGAGCAAUCGAGUUUGGCGCCGUUCAUGGUCGAAAAGGGCUUGGCUCUCUUUACGUGUGGGCUAGCGGAAAUGGUGGCCUGCAAGAAGAUGAUUGCGCUAUGGAUGGAUACGUUAGCAACCUACAUACGAUUACUUUUGGUGUCGCGACACCUACCGGUGUUCCUCCAUGGUAUUCCGAAGGAUGCAGUGCUGUGAUAGCAUCGAUAAGCGAAGGCACAACGAUGACCAACGGCAUGGUAACCACUGACGUCGACAACAAGUGCACAUCAUUCGCAGGCUCUUCUGCAGCAGCACCCCUUGCAGCUGGUGUACUUGCUCUAGCCCUCGAAGCCAACCCUUCGCUUUCACAGCGAGACGUGCAGCACCUGAUCGUCCGUACUAGCGAAAGUGGACAUCUCGUGAGCUCUUCUCCUGACCAUUGGAUCAUUAAUGGAGCAGGCUUGCACUUCUCGAGACACUUCGGUUUUGGCGUACUAAACGCGCUAAGGCUAACCACGUCAGCUCGGCACUGGAAGAACGUCCCGCCCGUGUCGAGUUGCAGCCGACAGUUCAACGUUUUGAAUGGAAGCUUUGCUGUAGGCUCGCCUUUGACCAUCGAAUUGCCAUUUGAGAGCUGCGCAGGAACCUCAGGUGAGGUGAACUGGCUCGAACGGCUGCAACUCGAUGUUUCGAUGGAGCAUCCACGACGGGGACUCAUCUCCUUGUACCUUACUAGCCCUGCCGGCUGUACUAUUCAGCUGUUACAACCAAGAAAGAACGACGACUCUCCAGAUGGUCUCUCACAAUGGCCGUUCAUCAGCGUAGGACAUUGGGGAGAAAACCCUCGUGGGACGUGGAAACUCGAAGUUCACACUCUGGUC